AGGACAUCAAGAUGAAAGUCCUUAUCUUGGUUGCGGCUAAGCUGCUGUUUCUGCAGGCCACCGUUUGCCAGAGUGGCAUGAAAGAUGUUUCAGACAAUGCAGCAAAGCUAACCUUAACUAUUAAGAGUUUUAAUGGGGGUCCCCAAAAUACCUUUGAAGAAUUCCCACUUUCUGACAUAGAGGGCUGGACAGGAGCCACCACAACUGUAAAAGCGAGGUGCUCUGAGGAAAGUAUUUCAACUCUCCAUGUGAAUAAUGCUACCAUAGGCUACCUGAGAAGUUCCUUAAGUACCAAAGUGAUACCUGCUAUCUACAUCCUGCUGUUUGUGGUUGGUGUACCAGCCAACAUCGUGACCCUGUGGAAACUCGCCUCAAGGACCAGAUCCAUCUGUCUGGUCAUCUUUCAUACCAACCUAGCCAUCGCGGAUCUCCUUUUCUGUGUCACGCUGCCAUUUAAGAUCGCCUACCAUCUCAAUGGGAACAACUGGAUAUUUGGUGAGGUCAUGUGCCGGAUCACCACGGUCGUUUUCUAUGGCAACAUGUACUGCGCUAUCCUGAUCCUCACCUGCAUGGGCAUCAACCGCUACCUGGCCACGGCUCACCCUUUCACGUACCAGAAGCUGCCCAAGCGCGGCUUCUCCUUGCUCAUGUGUGGCGUGGUGUGGGUCAUGGUUUUCUUAUGUAUGCUGCCCUUUGCCAUUCUGAAGCAGGAGUACCACCUCGUCCAGUCAGAGAUCAUCACCUGCCACGAUGUCGUCGACAUGUGCGAGUCCCCAUCGCCCUUCCGAUUCUACUACUUCGUCUCCUUAGCAUUCUUUGGGUUCCUCAUCCCGUUUGUGAUCAUCGUCUUCUGCUACACGACUCUCAUCCACAAACUUAACUCAAAGAAUCGUAUAUGGCUGGGGUACAUCAAGGGGGUCCUCCUCAUCCUUGUGAUUUUCACAAUUUGCUUUGCCCCCACCAACAUCAUACUCAUAAUCCACCAUGCCAACUACUACUACCACAAUACCGACAGCUUGUACUUUAUGUAUCUCAUCGCUCUGUGCCUGGGGAGCCUGAACAGCUGCCUAGAUCCAUUCCUUUAUUUUGUCAUGUCGAAAGUUGUAGAUCAGCUUAAUCCUUAGUCAGCAAUGGCAAGGCCACCUUAGAGAACAAGGAAAGAUAUCUGGGAAGACAUACAAGCUUGGCUGACUUGUG